AAUUUCAGUUCUGAAUGUUUAAGAGUGAGUCUAACCGCAGUAGAAACUAGAAGGAAAUUACAAUGGCCACCUUAGAUGAACGCCCUGCUGCGAAGAGUUUUCUUCCUCUUGAAGCUAACCCUGACGUCAUGAACAAGGUUCUUUGGGGUCUUGGCCUUCCAAUGGAGGAGGCAGAGUGCUGUGAUGUUUUUGGCUUGGAUGAAGAGCUUCUGGAAAUGGUUCCGAAGCCAGUUCUUGCUGUACUUUUUCUUUAUCCCAUUACCUCAAAGACUGAAGAAGAAAGGUUGCAACAGGAAAAUGAAAAAAAGGAUUAUAGCAGUAAAGUGUACUUUAUGAAGCAAACCGUGGGUAAUGCUUGUGGUGCGAUAGGUCUGCUUCAUGCACUUGGGAACGUAACUUCCGAAGUCAAGCUUGUUGAGGGGUCAUUUUUUGACGAGUUCUUUAAAUCUACUGCCAGCAUGGAUCCAUUGCAGCGGGCUGCCUUUCUGGUGAAUGACUGGGACAUGGAAGUUGCUCAUUCAGUAGCAGCCACUGCUGGCGAUACAGUGGUAUCAGAUAAUGAGGACCCUCAUUUCAUCUGCUUUGCCUGUGUGGAUGGUCAACUGUAUGAGCUUGAUGGAAGAAAGUCAGGACCAAUAUCUCAUGGAGUAUCAUCACCAAGUACUUUGUUGAGGGAUGCAGCCAAAGUGAUCCAGAGCAUGAUCCAGAAAAAUCCAGAUUCCCUCAACUUCAAUGUCAUUGCAAUAUCAAAGAAAUCCAGGUGAUGUUAUCUGCUUUAUAAUCUCCAGUCAUCUACAGCUUUAUUUACUUUGACUGUAUUUAAGUUUUUUUUUUUUUUUUCAUUCGGAGGCCUAUCAAGCUGCGCAUCUUUCGUUUCAAAUAGAUGCAGUGCGAGAAAAUUUGAUCUAGAAAAAGCAAACUUUUACCUUGAAGCUGAGUUUUUACUUCGAUUUACAGUUUUUUUUUCCCUUCUUAAAUUAAGCAUAAUGGCAGUGACAAAUGUUGAGACCAAAUUUUAUAAUUGGAUGGCUUAACAAAUUGUUGUUCCGGCCCUAGAAAAGAAUCUAUUUAUCAACCUGCACCAUAUAGAAGAGACUUUUUCUUUUAGUACAUCUAUAAUCA